AUGGAUAAUGAGCAACAGUCAGUAAGUAGUGAUACCGAGUUGGAAAGUGGGACACAAAGUAAUGUUAGUGACGUAGUUCAGGAAGUACAAUGUGAAAAUCUGGGGGCGGAAGGGCAAGAAAUGUUGCCAUUGCCACCCAGUGAUUCAGUUGAUAGCGGAAAUACUGUGCCAUCCGCAAGCACUGGACACGGACCAGAGAGUGGUGAGGUGUCAGAAGUGCAAUCAUUAAGAGUUAUGUUCGAGCGCAUGCUCAAUUUCCAAGCUGAAUUUGUACGCGUGCAAGCAGAGCGUGAUAGAGAACGUGAUGCUGAACAAGCAGAGCGUGACCAGAGAUUGGUAGCUGAAUUUGCAUGUAUGCAAGCAGAACGCGAUAAAGAACGUGAUGCUAAACAAGCAGAGCGCGAUAAAGAACGUGAUGCCAAACAAGCAGAGCGCGAUAGAGAACGUGAUGCUAAACAAGCAGAGCGUGACCGACGCCUGCAUGAGAGGGACUUGCAGUUGAUGCAAACUUUAGAAGUUAUGCAAAGUGAGAUUGUUAGUUUGAAACAAAAAUAUGAAACCAUACCCAAAACGGUGCAAGAAUUAAGCGAAAGAGUAGAUAGUGUUCAAGUGGCUAACGCCAAUAUCGUAGAGGAAAUCAGUGUCCUGACUAAUAGGGUCGAACAACUAGAAAUUGACGCAACUCAAGUAAUUGAGAACAAAGUGAUCGAACAAGUGCACAAAGUAGAAAAUGAAGUCAUAAAAGAAAUAGAUCAGAAAGUGCACGCCGCAAUUGAGGCCAGAGAUGUGGGCUCAAGUGCAGAUGUGCAGGAUCUAAAAAAGAUAGUGCACAAGGACAUUUCGCUGUGGCAGCGGAGUGUUGACCGUCGUCUUGCCGAGAUGGAGCUUAGCUUGCGGCAUGACGAGGCACGGGCAUUGCGUAGUCAGAAAGAUAUCAACAUGGAUAAUGAGCAACAGUCAGUAAGUAGUGAUACCGAGUUGGAAAGUGGGACACAAAGUAAUGUUAGUGACGUAGUUCAGGAAGUACAAUGUGAAAAUCUGGGGGCGGAAGGGCAAGAAAUGUUGCCAUUGCCACCCAGUGAUUCAGUUGAUAGCGGAAAUACUGUGCCAUCCGCAAGCACUGGACACGGACCAGAGAGUGGUGAGGUGUCAGAAGUGCAAUCAUUAAGAGUUAUGUUCGAGCGCAUGCUCAAUUUCCAAGCUGAAUUUGUACGCGUGCAAGCAGAGCGUGAUAGAGAACGUGAUGCUGAACAAGCAGAGCGUGACCAGAGAUUGGUAGCUGAAUUUGCAUGUAUGCAAGCAGAACGCGAUAAAGAACGUGAUGCUAAACAAGCAGAGCGCGAUAAAGAACGUGAUGCCAAACAAGCAGAGCGCGAUAGAGAACGUGAUGCUAAACAAGCAGAGCGUGACCGACGCCUGCAUGAGAGGGACUUGCAGUUGAUGCAAACUUUAGAAGUUAUGCAAAGUUAUACAUUGUAUAUAAGCACAGAAGAUAAGAAUAGCAGGGUGCAACCUUACCAGGUGCGCUCAGAAAAGGAAAGAAAAAUAUAA